AUGCCAUUGACAAAGUCUUCAGAUUACAAAUUUCUGGUUUCGGGUGCAGGCGUAGGCCGAUUGUCAUUCGAGCUCAACACCGACAGCCCGUCGUCGUCCGAGGCCAGCAAUCAAUCGGCCAAGCCAAUGCCUCCAUCGAAUCCGCAGGUGCCCUCGGGCGAACGACGCACCCACGACCCAGCACCCCCAGGCGACAAGAAAGCAGAGACGAGGACCUCGCGCACGCCAGCCUACUUGGACUUGCGCGUCGGACGUGUUCUCAGCAUCACGAAGCAUCCGAGCGCCCGCAAGCUCUACGUCUCGGCGGUGGCCGCUGGUGACAUUCCGGGUGACAGGGGCACCUUCCAAUACGGAGGGCAGACGUGCCGAACCGUGUGCUCUGGGCUGAACGGGCUGGUACCUCUGGAGGAGCUACAGGAUCGCAAGGUUGUCGUCGUGGGGAACGUCAAGCAUGUGGGCAUGUGCGGUAUCGUGUCCACCGCCAUGUUCUUCGCUGCCGUCUCCGACGCGGAGGAUGAGGGGCACCGCCGGUGCGUCGUGGAGAUGGUCGAUCCUCCCGCGGACUCGAAAGCCGGUGACCGUGUCUUCUUCCAAAACUGGGAGGGCACACCUAGGGAGCAAAUCAGCACGCAGAAAAGGGUCUGGAAGUCCGUGCAGCCCGGUUUCAGGACGACGGAUGAUCUCGAGAUAGAAUUCUCGCCUCGCCUCGCGCGUCUCGACGGCCGACCCGGCAAGUUGGUCACGGACAAGGGCGCGGCGUGUACCGUUCGUAGCCUGAGGGGAGCCGCUGUCCGGUGA